GCAGCAACAGCAGCAGCAGCAGCAGCAGCAGGUGCAACUACAGCAACAGCCUCAACAGAUGGACGAUGGUUAUGUUGAAGAAGAUGAAGACGAUACGUGGUCGCUAAGUUCCGGCAACUCGAUUCGAAAAAAUCACGCAGUACGCAGAACGCCGAUACAUAAAAAGUCCGUGCAUGGUGGCUCAGCUCCUGGAGACAGUGGGGAUGGCCGCAAAGGCCCAAACAAUCAAAGUCCCGAUUCAACAACCGUCAACGAUAAAAUGCGUUGGCUUACAACUGACGAUUCAGCUGUGCCAAGUGAACUUAGUACCGCUCCCCAAACCGCAGCCAUACAAAUGAUAAGUUCUACGCCUGGCCAACAACAACAGCAGCAACAGCAGCCAAUCAACACAGCGAAGAACUACAUUCGCACCAUUCCAAUCCCACCUACACCCCAGAACCUCGCACCCCAGACCGGAGGACCUCCGCCUCCGCAACAGAUUUACAUGAAUCUACCAAUUCAACAAACAGGCGCUGCGCCAGGUCAACAGCGAAACGGUUUCGUCGCACGUCAGUUGUAUUACGACAGCGGACGACCUGUAGGACCUGGUACACAGGUCGUGUCAAUCGCUGCACGAGAUUACCGAAUGAUCCGACGUAUCCCCGGUGAAGCUUACCCUGGGGACCAUCUACGUCGCCAAGGGUCUCCUCUAUCACCACACCAAUUGCAACAGAUGCAGGCCUCUCUACAACAACAAGCGCAAUACGCGACUCUGCCUGGGAAUAUGCAAUACCAUCCGUUGGCUUCCCAGCUGACCGUUCAGCUGCCCGGAAGUGGAACUGGCGGACACUCCUCACCGCAAGCUUCACCCACUCCUUCACCUCAGCCACCUAACGGACAACAGUCCCUACAGGCUGGCCUUCAAGCAGGCGGUAGCCAUGCUUUGUUGACUACGCAGAGCUCCCAUCAAGCAGCGUUGCAGGCUGCUACCUCGCCGCCUCCUGCCGUACAGGCAGCGGUUGCGCAGAUCCAAAAUCAGAUUGCGCUUCAACAACGAGCCUUGCGAGAACAGCAGGCUAUAAUCCAAUCAGCGCAACAGCAGGCUAUCCAGCAGGCGCAGGUUCUGCAGCGCCGUCUAGCGGACGGAGGCAAACUGUCUGAUCACGAGGAACUCUUGGACAAGCUUAAAAAGGGACAGCAAGACACUCUCGACAGGAAUGAACGGCUCUCGAACCGUUACAGCGUCACGGAAGAAGAGGAUCCUACGUUCGGGUUUGCACGCAGACCUUCUGUUAAGGGCAUUCGGCAGCGGUACACAUCCCAAACAGAACUGAGCGGGUUGAACGCCGGCGCAGGCGCUGGACGCCCUUCUCAUGUCGGCGGCGGCGCUACUAUGGGCAAAGGUCCCGUCGUUGCCGCCCCGCCCCAACCCCCUCAGCUGCCUCAAAUGAUGUCUAAUUCCGGAGCUCAGACAGGAGUUCAAUCAAGCAUUGGAGGAAUAUCAGGUCAAUCUGUGCAGCAGCAAAUCUAUCAAAAUCAAAUUGCCCAAGGCUACAUGACCCUUCCAGCAGGUGUUUCAUUAGCCGCUCUAAACGGUCCGGGCGGACAAAUGUGGGUUCCUACUGGGGAGCAAUUGCAGCAACAGCUUCACCAGAUGCAGAUGGGGGCACAGAUCCACGGAGGACAGCAAGUAAAAGUGAUGUUACUGCCAAGAGUCCUAGAGGAGCCUGAUUCUAGUCAAAUGACAGCCGCCAAGUGCCAUACGCACAAACAGCAACAACCCCAGCAGCAGCAGCAGCAGCAACAACAACCACUACUGCAGCAGCAGCAGCAGCAGCAGCAACAAAUUUCUAAACAGCAGCAACAGCAUCAUCAUCAAACGACGGUAUAGUAAUAGCAGUGGUAUAGAUAAACGUUCAGCUUUUAAUGGCUUUGACUUGUUGGCAAGCGGUUGGAGUAUGUACAGAAAGGCUUUUCGCUAUUCCAAUACACGCCUGAGACAUUUGGGUAAGCACCCUUCUAUCAACAAGCGAAACUUCCCGAAGUUACUGUUCUAAGACUUCUCAUAUGGCCUUUCAAAUUUUCCACUAAUUGAGCUUUUCGA